AAAAGAUUGUUGGAGGAGGGACUCUUUCCUGAGACCUUGAUGCCUUUUGACUAUUGGGUUUUAGAUUCUUUUACGUGAUUGAUCUAUGAAAUGGCAGAGAAUGGAACAGACUGUGACCAGAGACGCAUAGGAAUGAUCAAAGAGCAGCAUAAUGGAAGCUUCACAGAUUCUUUGUUGAAUGAACGGAAACGAAGGGACCGAGAGGAGAGGUUGAAUAUUGUCCUCUGGAGACAACCACUUGUUACCUUGCAGUAUUUUUUCCUGGAAACCCUAAUAAACUUGAAGGAAUGGACCAUAAAAUUGUGGCAUCGGCGAAGUAUCUUGGUGUCUCUUCUACUGAUGCUUGCAGUACUAACAGCUACGUAUUAUGUUGAAGGAACACAUCAACAGUAUGUGCGAUAUAUGGAGAAAAAGUUCUUAUGGUGUGCCUACUGGGUAGGACUGGGCAUUCUGUCCUCUGUUGGACUUGGAACAGGUCUUCACACCUUUCUGCUCUAUUUGGGCCCACACAUUGCAUCAGUUACUCUUGCUGCAUAUGAAUGUAAUUCAGUUAAUUUUCCUGAGCCGCCUUACCCAGAUCAAAUCAUCUGCCCUGAUGAGGAGACUGAAGGAUCCAUCUCUUUAUGGGCUAUCAUCUCAAAAGUCAGGCUAGAGGCCUGCAUGUGGGGUGCAGGCACGGCCAUAGGAGAGCUGCCUCCAUACUUCAUGGCGCGGGCGGCCCGGCUCUCUGGUGCUGAACCUGAUGAUGAGGAGUACCAGGAAUUCGAGGAGAUGCUGGAACAUGCAGAGACUGCACAAGAUUUUGCUUCCCGGGCUAAACUGGCUGUCCAGAACCUGGUGCAGAAGGUUGGGUUCUUCGGCAUUUUGGCCUGUGCUUCAAUUCCAAACCCGCUGUUCGACCUGGCCGGCAUAACAUGCGGACACUUUCUGGUUCCCUUCUGGACCUUCUUUGGAGCGACCCUCAUUGGGAAGGCAGUCAUUAAAAUGCACAUCCAGAAACUUUUCGUUAUUAUAACAUUCAGCAAACAUAUAGUGGAGCAGAUGGUUUCCCUAAUCGGGGCUGUCCCCAGGGUAGGUCCUUCUCUUCAGAAGCCGUUUCAGGAGUACUUGGAGGCCCAGAGGCUCAAGCUGCACCACAAGCAGGACAGCGGAGCGCCCCAGGGGGAAAACUGGCUUUCCUGGAUGUUUGAAAAACUGGUGAUUGCCAUGGUUUGCUAUUUUAUCUUAUCUAUCAUCAACUCCAUGGCCCAAAGCUAUGCCAAACGACUGCAGCAGAAGAUGUACUCUGAAGAGAAAACCAAAUGAGCUCAGAAAAAAACCCUUGGAACGGGCUUUAGCAGACAUGAAAAAUGACAUGUCUUUCCAUAUGUUUAAAAAUCAGCAUUAUUCCAAACCGGGGAAAACUUUUUAACAUCAAUUUUCAACUAUAACGUUUUGAUUUUCUUUUGAAAGUAAUUUGGCUAUUAGAGCAGACCUUUCACUGACAAACUUAUAAAUUUUAAGGUAAGGUAUAAAUGCUUUCCUUGUCUGAGUUGUGUUAUAUGGGAUGGGCGGUGUGAUGUUAAGCUGGUGUUUAACACGGCUGUUGCCUGUCCAAUUUACUUAUAAAACUGAUAAUUUAAUACUUAGCUGUAUUCCAGUUUCUGGUUUGACUUUCAGCCUGGCCUAAGGGUAACUUUAUUUUUGAAGGGUGGCUGUUUUGCCUUUUCCAUAACUUUCCAGACCRUCAAAAUGUACCCAACUGAAUACAGACCGGAUAGAAACUCUUGCAUGUCCGUCGUGGUACCGCCCCUCCAGCCGGGCUCCCCGGUCCCUUGCAUUGCACGCGCUCUCGGUGGGAAAGGCCACCCCUUAAAACCUGGUAAUGAUGUUCGCAGAGUCGGUCUAUGUCAAAAUACUGAAGCUGACUUUUUUUAUUCUGUAUAUUUAGAAUGAAGUCCAGAUAAAAGUUUAUAAAGUCAUCUUUGAUCAUUCCAGAAUUUCUCGUGUCAGUCUUUUUAAGCUGUUUCUCCUCCUUUCCACCUCUGUAUACUCUGCUUCUUUAUUAAGCCUUAAUGCUGUGACCUGCAUGCUUUGCUCAUCCUCGCUGCACAAAUGAAGCCCUUUGCUCCUUUUCUCUCCCCGCUCUUUUCCUCCUUACCAACUUCUCCCUUCGCAGAAGGAAGUAGCAGCCUGUAACUUGGCACCCUGCAGUGCAGCUCAGGGUUAAAAAGGGCAAGUUAAACAGCAAGCUGGACUUGUUAACCUAAAUUAACCUAAACCUUCUUAUUUGUCACUGAUCACAGCACCAUGCAUGGUGCAGGAAAAGAAAGGGGGGAAGGAGUGUAAAGACUAAAAACAGAUUGGUCAUAAAAUCCAACAGUGAUAUUUAAGAAUGGCUUUAGAGCGCCUCAAACUUAACACUUUUAAAGAUAUUUUUAAAACAUCGUUAUGAGUCAGUGCAUGUUCUGUUUCUAAUGUACACUAACAUAACAAAUAUUAAGGCUUGAUUCCCUCUUUAGCAAGUAAAUAACCACUCCACUGCGAAGGUGUAUGUAACAUUUCUCUAAUAAUUCUUGAAUUAGUUCUUUUGGUUCUUAUCCUACAGGCGAGUAACAGGAAUUAAUGUGAUUUUUGAUCGGUGUUACCAAAGGUGGCGUGUGAGCACCAAGUAGGUUAGACCCUGCUGUUAGGCUAGGGCAGAUCUCCGKCCAGGUGUGAGACUCUGUCCCGUGUUCAGUCCUGCCUGAGUGUCCCCCUGUGUUGCCACCCGCCGCGACAUCCUCAUGGCUGUACCAUCCUGUCGGAUAGCUUAUCAGACUGAUGUUGACUGUUGGAUCUCAUGGCAACAACAGUCGGUAGGCUGUCUGACAUUUUGGUAUCUUUCAUCUGACUGUUUGCYCAUCCAUCUCCAGCUGUUGCCAUUGAACACGAACAGCACAGAAAUGUGGUACAGAGAAACUAGGCAGGGCAGCCGGCUGCAUCUCUUAAACUGCCUUCCU